GCUUCACAGUGAGCUAAGAUGGGUCACGUGUCGAGCCGAGGUUGCUGGGCGCCGCUGCCCUGACGCAGGCCGGCUGGUCGGUCUAGUGGUGGGCUCUCCGAGGGAAGGCUUCCACAUUGGCAAGCGGGUCCUGCCUCUCCGUGCGGCCGCCAUGGAUCUGACGUUAAGCCGGGCAGACUACCUCCAGGUCGGAGUGACCUCUCAGAAGACUAUGAAGUUGCUCCCUACCUCAAGACAAAGGGCUACACAAAAGGUAGUUCUUGGAGAUCAAGAUGGGGUAGUGAUAUGCUUCGGCAUGAAGAAAGGAGAGGCUGUGCCAGUGUUCAAGACUUUACCAGGGCAGAAGAUCUCGAGGCUGGAACUAGGCGGGGCUGUUAACACGCCUCAGGAGAAAAUCUUCAUUGCUGCAGGGUCCGAGAUUAGAGGCUUUACAAAGAGAGGGAAACAAUUUCUCUCUUUUGAAACUAACCUCACGGAAAGCAUUAAAGCUAUGUACAUCUCUGGCUCUGACCUCUUCCUCAGUGCAAGCUACAUCUAUAAUCACUACUGUGAUUGCAAAGACCAAAAUUAUUAUCUUUCUGGGGACAAAAUCAAUGAUGUCAUCUGCCUUCCCGUGGAAAGGUUAUCUCGCAUGACACCGGUGUUGGCCUGCCAGGACCGGGUGCUCCGAGUCUUACAGGGAUCUGAUGUGAUGUAUGAAAUUGAGGUUCCUGGUCCACCCACUGUCUUAGCACUGCAUAAUGGAGAUGGAGGUGACUCUGGAGAAGGUCUUCUGUUCGGCACAUCAGAUGGAAGACUUGGGCUUAUUCAGAUCACAACAUCCAAACCAAUACACAAAUGGGAAAUUCGAAAUGACAAAAAGCGGGGAGGUAUCUUGUGUGUUGACAGCUUUGAUAUCAUGGGUGAUGGGGUUAAAGAUUUACUUGUUGGGAGAGAUGAUGGAAUGGUGGAAGUGUAUAGUUUUGAAAAUGCAAAUGAACCUGUGCUACGAUUUGAUCAGAUGCUGUCUGAAAGCGUCACCUCGAUCCAGGGUGGCUGUGUAGGCAAAGAUGGUUAUGAUGAAAUCGUGCUGGCCACAUAUUCAGGCUGGGUGACAGGGCUGACUACAGAGCCAACUCAUAAGGAAAGUGGACCAGGAGAAGAACUAAAACUUAAUCAGGAAAUGCAAAAUAAGAUUUCUUCUUUAAGGUCUGAAAUAGAACACCUGCAGUUUAAGGUGCUUCAGGAGAGAGAAAAUUACCAACAGUCUUCACAGUCAAGCCAAGCAAAGUCAACAGUCCCUUCAUUCAGUAUAAAUGACAAGUUCACAUUGAAUAAAGAAGAUGCUAGCUACAGCCUCGUCUUAGAGGUGCGGACUGCAAUAGAUAAUGUCUUAAUACAGAGUGAUGUUCCAAUAGAUCUACUUGAUGUGGACAAGAAUUCUGCUGUUGUGAGCUUCAGCAGCUGUGACACAGAGUCAAACGACAACUUUCUUCUUGCUACUUAUCGGUGCCAGGCAAAUACCACCAGGCUGGAGCUCAAGAUUCGUUCGAUUGAAGGCCAGUAUGGCACACUCCAGGCAUAUGUGACUCCAAGAAUCCAACCAAAAACCUGUCAGGUUCGCCAAUACCACAUCAAACCUCUAUCGCUCCAUCAAAGAACUCACUUUAUUGACCAUGACAGGAAAGGAGAAGGAGUUUUUAAAUCUGACAACAUUUCUACAAUAUCCAUCCUAAAAGAUGUGCUUUCUAAAGAAGCUACAAAAAGGAAAAUUAAUCUCAACAUAUCAUACGAGAUAAAUGAAGUGUCUGUCAAGCACACUUUAAAGCUAAUCCACCCGAAGCUGGAGUAUCAGCUGCUUCUGGCUAAGAAAGUGCAGUUAGUUGACGCCUUGAAGGAAUUGCAGGUUCAUGAGGGAAAUACAGACUUUCUGACUCCAGAGUAUCGAUGUAUUCUAGAAGAGGCAGAUCAUCUACAAGAGGAAUACAAAAAGCAGCCUGCACAUCUUGAAAGACUCUAUGGUAUGAUUACUGAUCUUUUCAUAGAUAAAUUUAAGUUCAAAGGCACUAAUGUAAAAACCAAAGUACCCAUGCUCCUGGAGAUUCUCGACAGCUACGACCAGAACACACUGAUUUCUUUCUUCGAUGCAGCAUGAAAGAUAAACAAGGUAGGCCCAACAGGACAGUCGGAGAAGCAAGCGGAGCCUGAUCAGACCUGAGGAACCUCAGAUGGAUGUCCCACAUGUAAUCAGAAGAGUGACGGCCUCUAAGAUUCCCCCUACGAGCAUCCAUGAAAGUCCUUUUUAUUGUGUACGUGAGGGGAAAAAGAAAAUCUUUUAGUCAUUCAUUUCAGGGGACUAUUGCAUUGAAAGUUUUAGACUAUUAAAUAAGAGAAAAUAAGCUGUCUUUUGUUUUCAAAAGGUAGUUAUGAAAACAAUAAUUACAUUUUAUUAUAUUUUGUGUG